AAAACAAACCCUGCCUGUCCGCCUCGCCCCGCAGUGUUUACUGUCAUAAACCAGAAAAUGGCGCAGGCUGGAGUGUUUUUGGAGCAGGAUCAGUUUAACUGCUCCAUCUGCCUGGACGUCCUGAAGGACCCUGUGACGGUGCCGUGCGGACACAGCUACUGUAAAGGCUGCAUCAAAGGCUACUGGGACCAGGACGACUACCUGGGCAUUUACGGCUGUCCCCAGUGCAGGCAGAGCUUCGCCCCGAGGCCCGUGCUGGGCAGGAACACCAUGCUAGCCGAUGUCGUGGAUAAGCUGAAGAAAACGGGUCUCUUUCCCUCGUCGGCGGUUCCCGAGGCUCCUAUGUCCGAGCCGACGUUCGCCGAGCCCGGGGACGUGGAGUGCGACGUGUGCAUCGGUCGGAAGAAUAAAGCCUUCAGGUCGUGCCUGGUUUGCUUAGCUUCGUACUGCGAAACCCACCUCAAGCCUCACUACGAGUCCCCUGCCUUCCAGAAGCACAGGCUCACGGCUCCGUCCAACAAGCUGCAGGACAGCCUCUGCUCUCGCCAUGACAAGCUUCUGGAGGUGUUCUGCAGGACAGACCAGCACUGUAUCUGCUACCUUUGUCUGACAGAUGAACACAAAGGCCAUGACACUGUUCUGGCCUCAGCAGAGAUGACAGAGAAAAAGAACACCGUGGCCGAGAUGCAGAGGAAUUCUCAACAGAAGAUUCAGGAGAGAGAGAAGGAGUUGCAGGAUCUGAGACAGGCUACGCAGUCUCUCACUCUCUCUGCGCAGGCAGCUCUGGAGGAGAGUGAGCGGAUCUUCACGGAGCUGGUGUGCUCUAUAGAGCGGCGGCGCACAGAGGUGAAGGAGCUGAUUCGGGCUCAGGAGAGAGCAGCCACAGGCCAGGCAGAGGAACUGCUCCGGCAGCUGGAGCGGGAGAUCGCUGAGCUGAAGAAACGAGAUACUGAGUUAGGCCAGCUGGUCCAAGCUGAGGACCAUAUCUCCUUCCUCCAGAACUACAGAUCUGCAUGCAUUCAGCCUGUGACCAUGGACGUACCGGGCAUCACCGUGGACCCAGGCUUUGGGUGUGUGAUGAGUGCUGUGUCUGAAUUCCAGGCUCUGCUUGAAGAUGUCUGCCAAGGUGGAUUUGUGAAUAUCUCAGAGAAAGUGAAGGAUGUCAUCAUUAUUCACAAUACAAAACCAAAAGCAGACACCGAGCUAAAUGCAGCUCUUCCUCCAGUGGCCCAAGUCACCUUUCCAGUGACCCCGAUUUUUCAAAGCUUUGGCAGCCAAAACGCUUUUGGAGCUGCUGCACCCACGUUUAGCGGUUUUACGUUCACAUCAUUCGUUUCAAAAUACCGAAAAAGGAAAAGGACCCAAAGCAGAAGUUUGGGCAUCCUGUAUGCUUCCAGACCUUCCGGUGCUCGCCUAAGAACUCAGCAGCGGAGGAGACGGAGGUAGCCUCAUUGUAGGACUGACGGAGAACUGACCAGUAUUCAUAGUUUGUUUUAUUUACCAUUAUCUGUGCAUGAUACGACAAGAAAAUAUUUUUUUAUUUAAAACAACUUAAGCUUCACACACUAAUUUAACCAUGAAAGACAGAUAUAUUGCAGAGUAGAUAUAUCAGUGUUUUUAUUUUGAAAAAGAUAUUGAAAAUGUUACUUAGUUUUAUUUUCACUGGACAAUGCCAGCAAGCUGCUCGCAUCCAUUCAGUAGCAUGACUUCAUUAGUGAAUCAGAUUCUGUUACCAUAUUAAAUGCACAGCUUUUAAGUAUUUGUACAAAGCUAAAAAUAUUACGUACAAUAUAAAAGAGACUUUAUCCACAGUGUAAUUAUUUGACUGACGUGAACAAGAUGUAAUUAGCUGCCUGAACUAGCUUUUAUGUUAAUUGCUAUUUGUUCAUAAAGUAUGUGUGAACUGUCAGAAUGUUUGUGAAAUAAUGUUUUAUGUAAGGCAUUGUUACAAGAAGAAUGCCAAAAUGCUUAUUUUUCAGAACAUGGAAAAUAAAGUGUUUUUCCAAGUGACUUCA